GAUUGUUGGAGAAUUAUGUAAUAUUUCUUUUCCCCCAGGAGGUGUGUGAUUGUUCAUGAUCGUGAUCGGAAGAUCUAAUUUCUGGUUAUAAUUAUCCAGGUUUGGUCGAAAGAACAUGCUCGAUGUCAUUUGUUAGAUCAGAGGAUGGGUUUAGUUUAGGUUUUUUGUCAUUAGUCCAGGUUAGAAAGUUUUGAUAGUGGAGGUCAUUGCGAACCUAAAAUUCCUUCGAACUUCAGCUAUUGAAAUUAAUUUACGGGAUCUAGAUCAUGAAAUAAUACGCAGUUGAAGACAAAAUACACAUAUUUGAAGCUGAGAUUUGUUUGUCUUAGUUUGUGUUUUGCCGUUACACAUGUUUGAUUUUUCUGGUAUUUCAUAGUUUCUGUUUGUUAUUUGAGUGUAAUGCUUUCAUUGUUUGUGCAUCUCUUAAUGUGCUCCAAUAAUGACUUCAGGUUUGCCUCCUCGCUACCGAGAUUCAGUCCGAGCAAUAACUCCAGGAUUGCCUCUCUUCCUCUACAACUACUCAACCCACCAACUCCACGGAAUUUUUGAGGCUGCAAGCUUUGGUGGCACAAAUAUUGAUCCAACUGCUUGGGAGGACAAGAAAAACCCUGGGGAAUCGCGCUUCCCUGCUCAGGUGCGCGUGCUGACAAGGAAGGUUUAUGAGCCUUUGGAAGAGGACUCUUUCAGACCAAUUCUUCACCAUUACGAUGGUCCUAAGUUUCGGCUUGAACUGAAUGUCCCCGAGGCGAUCUCCCUUUUGGACAUUUUUGCAGAAAAUGAUCCUUGAACACAUGGCACUGAAAGUACAGGCAAACGCAUACAAUACACGGGAGAUGAACAGAUAUUAAUGUAUAGAAUGAUAGGAGUUCUUUGAAGAGGCAAAUACUCCACUUUUCUGUAUUAUGGGAAUGCAUAAUAUGCUGUAGAAAAUAAUGAAGAAGGAUUUGAAACUUGUUUGAAUAUGUAUCUUCCUAUGAUUGUUAUACAAAGUCCUAUGUUGUCGUGUGUUAGCAAAUGCAGUUGUAAGUUAUAUAGCGGCAUUUAUGUUCUACGUGAAUUGUUUACUUUA